UGGCUGCAGGACGUCAUCGCCCUCCAGUGCAGCAUCAUGAGACACCUGUCCAUCAAACAGAAGGUUGUCUCUGCAGCGUCUACAGCGUCCUCAGAUGUGGACAGGAAGAAACCAUGUGUUACAUCAGAGGACACAAAGACUUCUUUAGAAAGGACUUCUCCAUCUGAGCCCUGCUUUAAGCCCUGUGGUUUACCUGAAAACCCUCAAGGGGUCUGUAUUUCCAGAGACCCCCCAGCAGAGCUGGGUGUUUGUAAAUGCAGCCUGGAACCAUGUCAGAACUGUAGAAAACCCAACGGACCUGUGGRAGAGCUUCAGCCUAGUAAAACCAAUGGGCCUGUGGACUGUAAGGGUCCGUCAGACCCCUGCAGGCAGGCCGAGCUGCUGCACAGACUGAAGCCUUGUACAGCCCCCCCAGACUCUGCUCCCACCCCCGAGCUGCCCAACCACAUAGGAACAAAAACGGUUAAGAAGGACCCAGAGAGCACAACAGAGGCCUGUGCUCAAAACAACUGCCCCACGGGCCCUACAAUAUGGCCCCCCAGCAGCCAGCAGAACCAACAGGAGGAGCGGACGAGCAAAGAGGAAAAACCCAGUUUGUCUCUCACCAGCAGGUCGCUCUCAGACUCCACAGCUAAAGACCCCCAGGACCAGGAGCCGUCCUUACCACCCACAGGGAUCGAGUUAGACCGGCUGGAUGCAGACCUGAUUAAGCUGCUGGCCUAUCAAAGGAUCCAGCAGCUGUUUCCCCCCAAAGCCCCCAGCACUCCUCCGUCACCAGCACCCAGUACUGCCUCCAAAAGUCUGUCCCCCCACCCUGACAGACAGAAGAAAGUGCAGGUCCGAGCCGUCUUCUAUCCUCUCACAGAAAGGGGCGGAGCUAUCAGCAUGUGUUACAGGACCUUAUACAUCGGAUCAG